UCGUAGCAAGCGUGGCGUGGUUCUGUCAACUCCAUCUGAACUUAAAUUUCCAUUUCCAUUCGGACUCACUCGCUCACAGUGUUCAUUUGGGGAACACAUCCGAAAAAGUUUUUACUUUAAAAAGUGCCUGUGUUUUAUACGAAUUCUAAAAAAAAAGACGAUCAUGCCUUCGCGUCGUUCGCAACCAGGACGACCUUCCGCUAGCACUUCGCGCCGUGCACAGCAAGAAGGUGCAACCGGCACCGCUCUGCGACGUCUGCAGCCACGUCGAGCUGUUGCAAGCACUUCGCGCCGUGCACAGCAAGGUGGGGCAACCGGCACCGCUCCACGCCGUGCGGCACCACGUGGACUUACCGCUAGCAAUCGGCGCCGUGCGCAACAAGUUGUGGCAGGCGAGAACACUCCGCGCCGUGUGCAGCAAGUUGUCGCAGGCGAGAACACUCCACGCCGUGUGCAGCAAGUUGCGGCAGGCGAGAACACUCCGCGCCGCAGCGAACGUAUCCGGGUGCAACGAGAGACUGCGGCUACCACAGCCGCCAUUCAGACUGUAAGAGAUGCCAACGAAACGACUCCACCCAAUGCGUCAACGGUUGCCACACACUCGCGGGUCAUUAAUGCCCCGAGAAUUCGUGCCAACCGGACUCGCCGCUUGUCGAACGCCAACGUGGCCCGUGUCCGUCAGGUUGCAGCUGAAGCACUUGGCGUAUUACCAGCCGCCAUACCCACUGGAAGUCGCCAGAAUCGGAACAACAGCAACAGCAACAACCACAUUAACAACAUUAAUAGCAGUAACAUCAGCAGCAGCAGCAACAUUAUCAGCAGCAGCAGCAACAUCAGCAGAGCAGGACCUAGCUCUCCUAUAAGUGAAAUUGAAGUUGCCGCUGCCUUGUCUCAGCCACGGACACCGUCCUUUACUAUGGUAGGCCUUGGAGACUGGGGUUCGGUAUCAUUUUCCGUCUUGGGGAGCGCACCGCGUUUGCUUCCACCACCGCCGCCAACAGGUCCAGAGUGUCAAGUGGUGUCCGGUCGUCUUAAACGCGAGCUGAGGGACUUCCAGCGUGAACCGGUGGAGGGUUGCACCGUUGAUGUCAUCGAUGAUAACAUGUUCCAUUGGAGGGCCAAAAUUACUGGUCCACCGGACACACCAUACGCUGGUGGAGAGUUCCAUUUGGAUUUGCACUUUGGCCAGAACUAUCCCUUCUCGCCGCCGAAGAUAUACUUUCUGACGAAGAUCUAUCACUGUAAUAUCUCUUCGAAUGGGUACAUUUGCCUGGAUAUAUUGCGUCGAGAGUGGUCGCCGGCCCUGAGUGUCUCCAAGGUGCUUCUAUCCAUAAUAUCGCUAUUGGCUGAUCCGAAUCCCGAUGAUCCGUUGGAAGCGUCCAUUGCCACCAUGUAUAAGCGCCAGCGGAGUCAGCACGAUGCAAUGGCCACAUCCUGGACCGCUUUGUAUGCCAAGCCGGGACUGGAGGCACCGAUCGUCUACGACUAAAGAAAACCAUGUAUGGACUUGGUUUUUUGCACGAAUGUUUAUUGGAUGUUCAUUUCUUUUCUUUUUUUUUUGUGCCAGCACUUUUUGGUGAUUGGAAACAGUAUACGACACUUACAGAUAUCUUGAUAUAAAUACAGAUUACACGAGUAUACACUCACUAGCUUUCCAAAAUUCAGAUUUACCAUCUAUGUAGAUCUAGUAAAUUAUAUAUGAAGUGAUUUAAUAUAUAUUCUAUACAUGUGAGCUAAUCCUACAACUAAA